UACAAGGGGACAGAAAUUUGAAGAGAUGUUGUUCUCCACCAGGAUGUCUAUGAAAUGGAUUUCAGUUCCUUUGCUGCUACACCUGGCUUGUUACUUCAGCUCUGGGAGCUGCGGAAAGGUGCUGGUGUGGCCCACAGAAUACAGCCACUGGAUCAACAUAAAGGCAAUGCUGGAUGAACUUGCCCAGAGAGGCCAUGAAGUGGUUGUGCUGGCAUCUUCAGCCUCCAUUCUUGUUGAUCCCACCAAAUCACCUGCAAUUAAAUUUGAGAUUUUCCCUACAUCUUUAACCAAGGUUGAAUUUGAGGAUGUAUUUGGACAAAUGGUCAGUAGAUGGACAUAUGACCUUCCAAAAGAGACAUUCUGGACAUAUUUUUCACUAAUGCAAGAAAUUGGGGUAAAAUAUAGUGACUGUAUUGAAAAGCUCUGUAGAGAUGUAGUUUUAAACAGAAAAUUUAUGACAAGGCUGCAAGAAUCAAGGUUUGAUGUCAUUCUUGCAGAUGCCGUUGGACCCUGCGGUGAACUGCUGGCUCAGCUACUCAACAUACCUUUAGUGUACACAAUUCGCGCUUCUGCUGGCUAUGGAUUUGAAAAGUACGGUGGAGGACUUCCUUUACCUGCAUCCUAUGUACCUGUUAUUUUGUCAGAAUUAAGUGAUAAAAUGACUUUCAAAGAGAGGGUGAAAAAUAUGAUAUAUGUGCUUUAUUUUGACUUUUGGUUCCAAACAUUUAAUGAGAAGAGGUGGAAUCAGUUUUACAGCGAAACACUCGGUAAGUCAUUCUUUUAGUAGGUAAUACGAAGUUCCAAUUUUCCUAGGGACUUGGAAGGUAAGUUUGUAUAAAUACAAAGUCAGAAGAAUUUGUCUUUUAUAAUUUAAAUGAUAUUUCAAUCUCACAAAUAUUAUGGGAAGGCUUAUAUCAUACGUUCAGUAUGAACCUUGGGGUCCAUUAUUAGCACAGGAUGUUC